AUGUCCUUCAAGUCGAUACCCAUUCUCGACUUGUCGCUGGCCGACGACCCAGCGACCAAGCCCGAGUUCCUCAGGCAGCUGCGCGAUGCCCUCAUCGAAGUCGGGUUCCUGUAUCUCAGGAACUUUGGGGAUGCAGAGGAAUUGGUACCGGAGGUGAUGGAGAAGUGCAUUGCCUUUUUUGACAUUCCCACUGAAGAAAAGCAAGUCAUACUCAAGAUCGAGAUGAAGAAUGCCCGAUCCUUCCUAGGCUACUCCCGGCUCUCGGCCGAGAUGACAGCCGGGGCGGUGGACGACCGGGAGCAGCUGGACCUGGCGACGGAGCACGCGCUCCCCGCCCCCGGAUCCCCGCGGUACCACAACCUGGUGGCGCCGAACCAGUGGCCGAGGGAGGAGGUCCUGCCCGGCUUCCGCGCCUUGUACACCGAGUACAUGCGACGCAUGGGCCUCAUGAGCAUCCGGUUCACGUCCCUGAUAGCCGAGGCCAUCGGCCUCCCCGCCGGCGCGUUUGACCGGUACCUCGGCGAGGGGGAGCACCACAAGCUCAAGAUUGUCAGGUACCCCGACCUGGGGGAGGUCGGCGGCCUGGGUCGGGGUCGGGGCCAGGGUGUGGGACCUCACAAGGACAGCAUGCUGACCAGCUACCUCCUCCAGGCGUCCCGCCACCGCGGGCUGCAGGUGCAGAACGUGAGGGGCGAGUGGAUCGACUGCCCGCCCGUCGAGGGCACGGUGGUGGUGGCCAUGGGCCAGGGCCUCGAGGCCCUCACGCGGGGCGUGUGCGUGUCGACGACGCACAGGGUCCUGUCGCCGGAGGCCGGGUCGGGGCCGCGCUUCUCCGUGCCCUUCUUCCAGGGCGUCGACCUCGACACCACGUUCGACGACCUCGAGCGCACGGGCGUGGGGGCGGUCCCGGACGAGGUGCGCGAGCAGAGGCGCCUGGUGCUCGAGAGGGCCGGGGGCCAGCGCCUCGACGACGUCGAGUUCACCUUCCGCCGGGGGGGGGCCGGCGCCUCGACGACGCUCGGGGAGGCCACGCUGAGGAACAGGGUCAAGAGCCACCCAGAUGUCGGGGAGAGGUGGUAUCCCGACAUUCUGGACGAUGUCCGGGCGGAGCAGGCGGCCUUGACGGCGGCAAAGGUUCACUGA